AAUCCUGGAUUUUUGGCACCGAAAAUAGUCGGGCGGGCGCGCGGUGGAACCGCUAGGGCGGCAGCGCAGUGCGUGUCGCUCCGCCGUGUGAACAGCCCGCUCGUGAGGCCAGUAACUGGCGUAUUUUUUCGACCGGACCGUAAAGACACAAACCCGCCACCAUGGACGCGAUCAAGAAGAAGAUGCAGGCGAUGAAGCUGGAGAAGGACAAUGCCAUGGACAAGGCUGACACCUGCGAACAGCAGGCUAGGGAUGCUAACCUCCGUGCCGAGAAGGUUAAUGAGGAAGUCCGUGAACUCCAGAAGAAGCUCGCGCAGGUGGAAGAGGACCUUACCCUCAACAAGAACAAACUGGACCAGGCCAACAAAGACUUGGAGGAGAAAGAGAAAACCCUCGCUGCCACCGAAGCUGAGGUUGCCUCUCAGAACAGAAAAGUCCAACAGAUUGAAGAGGACUUAGAAAAGUCUGAAGAAAGAUCUGGCACAGCCCAGCAGAAGCUCCUUGAAGCCCAGCAGUCGGCUGACGAGAAUAACCGUAUGUGCAAAGUAUUAGAGAACAGAGCGCAGCAAGAUGAGGAGCGUAUGGACCAACUCACAAACCAACUGAAGGAGGCUCGUCUCCUGGCUGAGGAUGCCGACGGCAAAUCCGAUGAAGUAUCACGUAAGCUGGCCUUCGUUGAAGACGAGCUCGAAGUGGCUGAGGACCGUGUCAAGUCUGGUGACGCCAAGAUCUCAGAACUUGAGGAAGAAUUAAAGGUUGUAGGUAACUCCUUAAAAUCCCUGGAAGUCUCAGAAGAGAAGGCCAACCAGCGCGUUGAAGAAUUCAAGAAACAACUGAAGACCCUAACCAGCAAACUGAAGGAGGCUGAGGCUCGCGCUGAGUUCGCUGAGAAGACCGUCAAGAAGUUGCAGAAGGAGGUUGACAGGCUCGAAGAUGAGCUGGGCAUUAACAAGGACCGAUACAAGAGUUUGGCCGACGAGAUGGACUCCACGUUCGCCGAGCUGGCCGGAUACUAAACACGCGCACUCCGCACCCAAAACACACAUACAUUCACAAACAUUCUGUACAACACGCAACAGUCAACAGUACCUGCGGCCCUACGGUCGCCUGAUAGUCACACAACACUACACAAACGGCCAUACACGUGAUGUAAUGAUAUUUAUUAAUAUUUUAUGUAAAUUUAUUUACGAUUUUCAAUAAAAUUAAUUUAUAACA